CCCGCGCCGCGCGCUCGCCGGUUGGAUCUCCCACGCAGGCGGAAUGCAGCAGAGCCCGGGGAGCGGGUCUCCGACCGCUGCUUGAAUGCACCUCGCUGCCGGGAGCCGGACGGCCCAGUAGGGCGCACGGGAGGAGGGUCCGCCGAGAGAGCCUGGACAGUUUAAGACGGUGCAGCCUUGCUACAUGUUGUAAGAAAUGGCUGUAGGAAACAACACUCAACGAAGUUAUUCCAUCAUCCCAUGUUUUAUAUUUGUUGAGCUUGUCAUCAUGGCUGGGACAGUGCUGCUUGCCUACUACUUCGAAUGCACUGACACUUUUCAGGUGCAUAUCCAAGGAUUCUUCUGUCAGGACGGAGACUUAAUGAAGCCUUACCCGGGGACAGAGGAAGAAAGCUUCAUCACCCCUCUGGUGCUCUAUUGUGUGCUGGCUGCCACCCCAACUGCUAUUAUUUUUAUUGGUGAGAUAUCCAUGUAUUUCAUAAAGUCAACCAGAGAAUCUCUGAUUGCCCAGGAGAAAACAAUUCUGACCGGAGAAUGCUGUUACCUGAACCCCUUACUCCGAAGGAUCGUAAGAUUCAUAGGGGUAUUUGCUUUUGGGCUUUUUGCUACUGACAUUUUUGUAAACGCCGGACAAGUGGUCACGGGGCACCUGACGCCGUACUUCCUGACGGUGUGCAAGCCCAACUACACCAGCGCAGACUGCCGGGUGCACCACCAGUUCGUCAACAACGGGAACAUCUGUACUGGGGACCUGGAAGUGAUAGAGAAGGCUAGGAGGUCCUUUCCCUCCAAACAUGCUGCUCUGAGCAUUUACUCCGCCUUAUACGCCACGAUGUACAUCACAAGCACAAUCAAGACGAAAAGCAGUCGACUGGCCAAGCCGGUGCUGUGCCUCGGGACCCUCUGCACAGCCUUCCUGAUGGGCCUCAACCGGGUCUCUGAGUAUCGGAACCACUGCUCCGAUGUGAUCGCGGGCUUCAUCCUGGGCACUGCUGUAGCCCUGUUUCUGGGAAUGUGUGUGGUCCAUAACUUUAAAGGAACACAAGGAUCUCCUUCCAAACCCAAACCCGAGGACCCCCGUGGAGUACCCCUAAUGGCUUUCCCAAGGAUAGAAAGCCCUCUGGAAACCUUAAGUGCACAGAAUCACUCUGCCUCUAUGACCGAAGUUACCUGAAACGGCUGACGUGUCACAAGCUGUUUUUUUUUUUUUAAAU